AUGGAGAGAGAUGAUGAUGAUGGGGGCAGCGAUAAUAUUCAAACACCUAAUACAAGUCGAUCGAAUAGCAUUAAUGAGGAUGAAACAAGAUUUUCGCCUCCAAUUGCACCGAUAAAUGAAUUAGAAACUCAAUCUCCAGAAAUCGCUGAUGAACAAAUUAAACAUAUGCCAGAAACGCAGCUGUCAAUUAUAUCAAGUUCUUCAUCAAAUUCUGAUACAGAUUUUGUUGCUAUAAAUAAAAGUGAUUUUGAUUCAGAAGUCAAAAAUGUUCAUCUGAUCAAUAUGACGUCUGAUGUCGAGGAUCUCACCACGUUUUAUGCCGAAUUUCCCUCGAUAUUUGGAAACAAUACAUCAUGUCCUAUAGAACCGUCAUACAAUACUGUUGCAGCUGAUGUUAAUAAAAAACAAUCUUAUCAACCAAUGUUUGGUUCAUUUUUAUUUGCCGAUUCAGACCCGCUUAGUCGAGCAGCCUUUGCCGCUUCUUCAUCGUCUUCGCCUAUUGAAGUGCCAACAACUCAAGAACAAGUUAUGGAUGAUCACGCUUUAACGAGUGAAAACAACGCCUCAAGUAGUAUUCAAGAUGCACCAUCAUUAGUCACGCCUGUGGAGCUUGCUGAGGACAUCGAUGACGAUAAUGACGAAGAUGAUUUUGAUGGUAUACCUAUUCGCCAUGCACCUGUAAUGAUGAAUAAAAAAUUAAAUGACGAUAAUGAGCCAAAUUGCAAUCGACGAGAUCAUGAUCAAUCAUUGGAUGAAUUUAUUAAUCAUGUUGAAAAUGCGCACAAUGAUUAUGAACUUGAAGAUGAUUCAUUUCUAAAUGGUUUUUCUGAUGAACAACAUGAUACAACUGCAAUAGUGCCAACUUUAUUUAAAGAUAUUCCUGAUAUCGAUGAUCCCAAUGAACACGAUGAAGAUAAUGACGAUGGAAUUCCUUUCGAUCAGAUGGAUAUGUACAAUCAAUCAGAAUCUCUACGAUCGUCGUCGCCUGAUUCUCUAUUGUCUUCAUCACAUUUACAAGAUGAACAAGAUGAUGAUAUAAAUAUUGAUGAUGAUAAUGAAGUCACUAACUGGAAUGAUGAUACUCUUCUUCGUACGAACUCGUCUAAUAUUAAUGCACAAACUAAUCAAACAGACCAUCCGUUAAUAUUACGAAUGCAUCCAAUGGAUCAAGUCGAUUUUAUUGACUCAUCUCGUAGUAAUUCAAGAUGUUCACACGUAUCUUCACAUUUAAGCUUUGGUUAUAAUGAUCAAGCUCGAAUAUUUCGUAGUGAUGAUGAUGAACUUGUCACAUCCUCUGAUAGUGAUGAUGAUGAUGAUGAUAAUAAUGAUGAUACAAUUAAUAUUGAUAGUAAUUUAUUCAAUCAAAAUGAUAAAAUGAAUUUAGAUAGCAAUACAUUCAAUCAAGAUGAUAAUGAAGAUUUACGUCUAGAAGUGAAUCUUGAUGAUCACCGAUCAGUUUCUUCAUUUAGUAAAAGUGAUAGUGUACGUUCAGCAUCACCCAUUGCUCAUGAAACACCUAUUAUUGAUAUUGAUGAUGAUGAUGAUGAUAUUGAUCAAUCGAAAACUCUACAGAUAGUUCCUAUUACUUCUAUGGACGAUGAUCAUCAUGCAUCAAGUACUUUACAAGUAGCUCCUAUGGCUGCUCUUGAUGAUGAAGAUGAAAAUGAUGAUUUCCAAACGUUUCAAUCUGAACAACCAGUAUUACCCAUGAUAUCGUCAAAUAUAAACGGUCUAUUCGAAUUAAUGCAUGAACAACGAAAAACUGAUAUUGUUCAUGAUAUUAUUCAUAUGAGACAUUUAUUUGACGAAAAUAAUCAUGAUGAUGAAUUUAUUGCUAUUAUGCAUAAUCCGAAAAUAUUCGAAGAAGUUUUAUAUGAACAUGACGACGAUAAUAAUAAUAAUAAUAAUAAUAAUAACAACGAACAAGCGAAUUCAGAUUCAACCAAGCAAACAACUACUGUUACUGCUACCUUCCGGUCAUCAUCACAACUAUCGGCUGGUAAUCAAAUUAAAAACGAACCGCUCGGCGAGCAUCACCAAAAUAUACAACAACCAUCUUCAUUACUAGAGUUAGACAACAAAAAAAUGCCGAGCUCUUCAUUACAUGCUUUAUAUAGAACAGCAACAACAACAACACCAACAGCAAAUAAUCCUUCUCCUGCGGCAGCUAAUUACCUUAGCAAAGACGACAGCAACGACGAUGUCGUCGUCAGCGGCGGCGACGGCGGCGGCGGCGGCGGCAAAGGAAAGAAUAAUGCGACUGCGAAUGUCGUCAAUACUGCUACUGACAAUAUUAACAUAAUACAAAGGAAAGAACAGUUGCAAUCGCAGUCAACAAAUAGUUUCGAAGUUGUUGCGAAACAAUUUACAAACGUUGACAAAUACGAACAAAUCAUGAGUACCGACAAUGAAUCAGAUGACGAUUCAGAAUUAGCAAAAACACUUUCUCAGUUACAUAAUAUAAUUAAUACUACUUCACCUAGAGAAGAAAUUAAUCGAAUCGAACAGCAAAUGUCAUUGGACUCUUCAAGUACAAAUCAAAAUGGAAUUUCUUCUGAGCUUCUAUUUGAAAACAUAAUCACGAAUGGAAAUGAAUCAGAAUUAUUAAACAAGAAAAACCGGCAAGAUACUCCUAUAAUACUAUCGUCUCCAUAUGUCAAUGAUACUGUAAAAAAUUCCGACGAAUCAAAAGAAGAAAGAGGCGAGAAAAAAAAAAUUAUUUUUCAUAAAAAUCAUAAUGAUGAUGAUGAUGAUGGUAAUGAUCACGAUAUGCAAGGGGAAAAAUAUGAGAAUGAAGGAGAAGGAGGAGAAGAAAAAACAACUACGUUUUUUUCUUUAACAUCGACAACGUCUCAUACUUUAUUCAAUAAUGAUUCACACUCCGUUGUCGCUUCUGUCGACCCUGAUACAUCCUCGUCGUCGUCUAACAUUCUUUUAUUAUCAUCAAACAAACUAAACGACAGCGCACCGGUUUUAACGAAUCAAUUAAUUACCGACAUUUUGCAAAUAUCAAAUAAGAAAUCAAAUAUGGACGAUUUAUCGAAUGAUGAUCUUACUCAACUAUCAACAACAAAUUUAUUUGAUCCUUUUGCUCCGACGACAACAACAACGACAGAUAUGUUUGAGAAUAUUUUCACUGAUGUAAAAACUGUUGAUGAAAAAGAAUUCAAAAUGCAGCCAAACUCAAAUGUUCCGUCAAAACAACCACUAGACAAUUAUAAUUUCGAUGAUUUAUGGAAUCAAUCCGUAUCGCAGAUUGUAUCGUCGAGUAGUCAAGAAAUUAAAUCAGAUACUAAUUAUGACGCGAAUGCAUUUUCAUGGGAUGCAUUUUUAAAUAAUGAUACUAAUAAUUUAAAAAAACUUAAUCCAUUUGAUGAUGAAAAUGUUAAUGACAUUAGUAAUACUAUUUUACCACCUGCAAACAUAACGUGGGAAUCUUUAUUUGGCGAAAUGGAACCAGAAGAUAAUACAGAUCUUAAGAAUUUCUUAGACUGGAUUAUCAGUCAUCUCGAAGAAAGUGAGCAAAGUCACGUUGAACCUACAAUAACAUAUACUUCAACACAAAAUCUUGAAAGUAUUGUAAAAGAUAUUCAAAUGUGUGCAAUGCCCUUUGAUCCAAUCCCAUCGCCACCAUUACAUGUUGAUCAUUCAGUUGCAAAUCCAUUGAUUAAUGCAAUACAUCAUGAGUUAUUUCCAAUUAAUGAGUUAGAACAGAUGAACACAACCAAUGAACAACCAUCAAUGAUUAUAUACGAAGAAGAUGAAGAUGAAAUUGAAGAAGAAGAAGAAGAAGAAGAAGAGGAAGAAGAUAAUGAAUUAUCACCAAAUAAUAUUAUCCUACAAAAUGUUGUUGAAAAAUUAGUUUCACAUAUUUUAACUUUAGCACUUGAACAAGUUAAUCAUGCUUAUAAUCAAAUAGAUCAUUUUGUUGAUCAAAUAUUAUCCCAAGCAAUAUUUGAAGUCUACAAUGAAGAUAAAGAUUCGUCGGAAUCAGAAAUCAAUGAUAUGAUACCAACAGAAAAUCUUACUUCAAUUAUCAAUGACCAUGAUUCAACAACAACAACAGCAACAACAGUUAAAGAGAAAUUUGAUCCCUCUGAUGAAAAAAUCGAUAGUACUUGGAUUCAUCAUUUUCAAACACCGAAAACCUCUGAUGACUCAUGGUUACCAAAAGCAGCAGAACACCAUAAUAACGUUGAUCCUAUGUCAUUUUUCUCUAACACUUUUGAUGAAUCGGAUUUAUUUUCUUCGGCAAGUAAUCCAACGAAACUAGACGAUGAUGAAGCAGGAACGCUCAGUGAAUAUCUACCUCCACCCAUAUUAACUGACACAUCGAAAACUGCGAUGGCUGUUAAUAACAUGAUGAAAUAUACGUUAACAGCACCUGUCAUAGAUGACAGUGGCGAUGACAGUUCGUUUCAAGAAGAUUUCUUUAAUUUACAUAAGAAUGAAUCAUCAACAGUCGAACAUACAAAAAUUAAUGAAGAACCAAUAAAAGCAGAAGACUCGGCACCAACCGAAACAAAUGCCUUCGAAGUCGAUGACGAGAAUAAUAUCUUUUCACAUAAUGCACGUUCAGUGCAAUUCGAAGCAUUUGCUAGUGAUCAACCUCUGGAUACGUCAGAAAUUGAAUCAAAAUUUUCUAAUAUAAUUACCGAAAUUAAUAAUGAAGUUGAUGAGUCUUCACACCAAUUAACAAAUGACAAUUCACCAUGGAUAACCGUUGACAAUACAUCUGAAACUAUGCAAACCGAUGGUCCAAAUAAAGAUGAACCAUGGGAACUUGAAGAUAGUACUGAAGAAAAACUUCCACCAACAUUUACGAAAGCCAGUCAAUUAUCAGCAGCAUUCAAUGACAACGAAUUUUCAACGACAGAUAAAUCUGAUUUGCAACAGAACUUUUUCUCGGAUUCAUUUAAUGCACUGACAGGCGUUGAAAAUUGUGAUAAUUAUUUUACUAAACAAAAAUUAAAUGGAAACACGGAAGAAACAUUAGGAGAAAAUACGCACAUAGAUAUUAAUAAAGAAAAUCUGCCAAUAGAAACAGCAUUAAAAGGUAAUGUUAGUGCAUCAGAAUCAUCUGCAACUAGUGAUUCCGAUGUAAUUGAAGUCAAUGAUAUUACAACAGAUUUUGAAACAAUUAAUGAUCGUAAUACUGAUCCAAUGCAAACAAGUUAUGUCAAUAUCAAUGAAACAGAUAUCAAAGUUGAACGUCCUUCUGAUUCAGUUGCAGUAGCACCACGUAUGAUGACGAUUCAAUCCGAAAGUGAAGAUUUACCUCCCCCGUUACCUCCAUUACCACCAUUGAAUGAUAAAUCAAGUAUGUAG